UUAUUGAAAUAUUAAAAAUAGUAAUGUUUAAGGUACCCCUUGAAGGAAUUACCAGCUCUUCUCAGCCAAAGUCAAGCGUUCAGAAGAAUAUCAUCAAGAAGUUCAUAGAGCAGUUCCCCCUGAUGGAGACUUAUAUUGAGGAAGUCAUUCCUAAAGGAACCAAACUCACCGAAGCUAAAUUGAAAGGAGUCAGCCACAUCAAAGUCUACUUCAUUGAGGAAGAAGUCCUGUUCUACCAGCAAAGAGAUCAGACUAUUAUCCCACAUUUAAAGCUGCUGCAUAAGUAUCCAACAAUGAUGAAGCAUAUGCAGUGUGAUAAGGGAGCCAUCAAACAUAUCAUCGGAGGAUCCGAUGUCAUGGCACCAGGCCUUCUUCACGAAAAUGGAGUCAUCGAUGAAAGCGCAGUCGUAGGUGAUGUAAUUGCUAUUAUGGCAGAAGGUAAAAGACAUGCUAUGGCAAUUGGAAGAAUGGCAAUGACUCCUGCUGAUAUCAAAGAGACUAAGAAAGGUAUUGCCAUUGCCUUAGAAACAUAUAUCACUGAUGCUCUUUGGACCUUCAAAGUUGAAUAAAUCAAUUAGCUAAUUUCAACAUAUCAAA